CAAUCAUUUCAAAUCAAUGGUGCACCAAUUUCAGAAGAGCUCUUUGCCAAGCGCUUUUUCGAGGUGUGGAACAAGUUGCCGGAGAAAUCUUCAGAGGACUUAGAUGUUCCACGAUAUCUCCAGCUGUUGGCGCUUCUUUCUUUCCAUGUCUUUAUCUCUGAGGGAGUGGACGUUGCGAUCUAUGAGACGCAUCUCGGUGGCGAGUAUGAUGCGACGAACAUUGUCAUGAAUCCUAUCGCCACGGCAGUGACUACGAUUGCCGAGGAUCACGCACACCUACUCGGACCUACCAUUGAAAACAUUGCCUGGCAUAAGAGCGGGAUCUUCAAACAGGGAGCGCCAGCCUUCUCAAGUCCCCAAACGACGUCGGUAGAAAAAGUCCUCCGGGAACGAGCUUUAGAGAGAAACACUACGCUGGAAAUAAUCACACCGAACCAGAUGCUGGAAAAGAUGACGGUCCCAGGCAUGCCGAAAGUCCAGAAGACAAACUGCUCGCUCGCGUUGGCAUUGGUGAGCACCUACAUCGAAGCAAACAUUAAUAGUGUCCGGCAGUCGAUAUCGACAGCUGAGCUCCUGGCUAGCUGCCCAGACCCUAUCUGGCCAGGCCGAUUCCAACACAUCGAGAAGGAUGGUCUUCAACUGUAUAUCGAUGGAGCACACAACGCAUCGGGCGUAUCCCACGCCAUCGAAUGGUUCGCCGAGAGGAUUUCUAGACUGCAUGAAUAUGUGUCUGAGUCUGAUUUUCUAAGCAGUGCGAUACAUAAUCCGACUAGAAUACUGAUCUUCAGUCAUUUUUCGAGGAGGAAUGUCGACGAUUUACUUCGCUGUGUUGCUUACCAUCUCAAGAAAAACGACAUACUUGUCCACCACGUCAUCUUUACGUCUUAUAACACGGGAAGGGACGAUAUCAACAGUAAUGAAAGAAAUCUGCAGAAACGUUACAACCCAAACGUUCUAGAGGGUUGCAGAUCGACCUGGGAAGUAUUCGAAGAACGGUCUACAAUUUCCAUUUGUGAUACAAUCGCACAGGCGCUUCGUAAGGCUGGGGAAUUGGCGAGCAAUGCUUGUGGGGCUGAAGUUCUGGUCUUAGGAAGUUUACAUCUU